CCAGGUAUGAAUGCUGCUGUGCGCGCAGUAGUACGCAUGGGAAUCUAUGUAAAAGCCAAAGUGUAUUUUGUUUAUGAGGGUUAUCAGGGAAUGGUUGAUGGAGGUGAUAAUAUUGUAGAAGUUUCAUGGGAAAGUGUUUCAAGUAUCCUGCAAGUGGGAGGUACAGUUAUUGGUAGUGCACGCUGCAAAUCCUUUCGUACCCGGGAGGGCCGCCUUCAGGCAGCCUGUAACUUGGUUCAGAGAGGAAUCACUAAUCUUUGUGUGAUUGGCGGAGAUGGCAGCUUAACUGGUGCCAAUCUGUUCCGUGAAGAAUGGAGUGGACUUCUCGAAGAACUGGCACAGAAAGGACAGAUUGAUGAAGAGGCUGUUAAGAAAUAUGCUUACCUUAACAUUGUGGGAAUGGUUGGAUCCAUAGACAAUGACUUCUGUGGCACUGAUAUGACCAUAGGUACUGACUCAGCCUUGCACAGAAUCAUUGAAGUUGUGGAUGCCAUCAUGACCACUGCUCAAAGCCAUCAGAGGACAUUUGUGCUGGAGGUUAUGGGGAGACACUGUGGGUAUCUAGCUCUUGUUAGUGCCUUAGCCUGUGGUGCAGAUUGGGUAUUUAUUCCUGAAUACCCACCAGAAGAAGGAUGGGAAGAUUCAAUGUGUGUUAAGCUUUCAGAGAAUCGUGCACGAAAGAAAAGGCUGAAUAUUAUUAUUGUAGCUGAAGGGGCUAUUGAUUGCCACAACAAACCUAUAACAUCAGAGAAGGUUAAGGAUCUUGUGGUUCAGCGGCUUGGUUUUGACACCCGAGUUACUAUCUUGGGUCAUGUGCAAAGAGGUGGAACCCCUUCAGCUUUUGACAGAAUUUUGGCAAGUCGUAUGGGUGUAGAAGCUGUGCUUGCCCUUUUAGAAGCUACUCCAGCUACCCCUGCAUGUGUUGUGUCCCUCUCUGGCAACCAGGCUGUCCGCCUGCCUUUGAUGGAGUGUGUGCAGAUGACUCAAGAAGUUCAGAAAGCCAUGGAUGAGGGAAGAUUUGUUGAGGCUGUGAAGCUUCGUGGAAGGAGCUUUGAAAACAACCUUAACACCUACAAAUUACUGUCACACAAAAAGCCAGAUGCUGAGCUUCCAACGACUAAUUUUAAUGUGGCAGUUUUAAAUGUUGGUGCCCCUGCAGCUGGAAUGAAUGCUGCAGUGAGAGCUGCAGUGAGAGUUGGCAUAACUGAAGGCCAUAAAAUGUUUGCUGUCAUUGAUGGAUUUGAAGGUUUUGCUAGAGGGAAGAUAAAGGAAAUCAGCUGGGGAGAUGUUGGAGGCUGGACUGGUCAAGGAGGAUCAAUUCUUGGUACAAAACGUACUCUUCCUGCAAAAUAUUUGGAGAAGAUUGCUGACCAGAUGCGCACUAACAACAUUAAUGCCCUUAUGGUUAUUGGUGGAUUUGAGGCCUAUGAAAGUUGUCUGCAGCUAUACGAGGCACGUUCCUGCUUUGAGGAGUUUUGCGUACCUAUCUGUGUGUUGCCUGCUACUAUUAGCAACAAUGUGCCAGGCACAGACUUUAGCAUUGGUGCCGACACUGCCUUGAAUGCUAUUGUGGAGACAUGUGAUCGCAUCAAACAGUCAGCCAGUGGUACCAAGCGUCGUGUAUUCAUCAUUGAGACCAUGGGAGGUUAUUGUGGUUAUCUGGCUAAUAUGGGGGCCCUUGCGGCAGGAGCUGAUGCUGCUUAUAUCUUUGAAGAACAGUUUGAUAUUCGAGAGCUCCAGGCUAAUGUGGAACACUUGACUGAAAAAAUGAAAACCAGUAUCCAGCGUGGUCUAGUGCUGAGAAAUGAGAAUUGCAAUGAGAAUUACACAACUGACUUCAUUUAUCAGCUGUAUUCUGAAGAAGGAAAAGGAGUGUUUGACUGUCGAAAAAAUGUAUUGGGCCACAUGCAGCAGGGUGGUGCACCUUCGCCAUUUGAUAGAAACUUCGGGACAAAAAUUUCUGCAAAAGCUAUGCAGUGGAUCUCAAAAAAACUGAAAGAAACCUACCGAAAAGAAGAAGGAAAAAUAUUUGCCAAUACCGAUGACUCAGUCUGUUUGCUGGGAAUGCGUAGACGCAACCUUGUUUUUCAACCUGUGGCUGAGCUCAAGACUGAAACAGACUUUGUACACAGGAUUCCCAAGGAGCAAUGGUGGCUGAAGCUGCGACCACUGAUGAAAAUCCUGGCCAAGUACAAGACUAGUUACGAUGUUUCAGAUUCAGGCCAGCUGGAGCACGUUGCUAUGCACAGCCCCAAGGAAGCAGAAACUGGAGCCAUCUGAAGACAUCACUUUUAGGUUACAGUAAUAGAUGCACAUUGUGAGUAACAAUGCUUUAGAAUCGUUACAGCUUUGUUUUGUAACAUUUAAAUUAUUGUACCAGCACUUUAUGUGAAACAAGAUAUUCAGAUGUCACAGGUUUUGUCCUGUAUUUGUUACAUUUGAAACAAACCCUAGCAUCUAAUAGAUAAGCACCAUUUACUGAUACAACCCUUAAACAGUUAAGUGCAACACUGUUCUAUGCACUCUGUAAGUUACUCAUUACUGCACUUUGUUUCAGAGUACUUACACCCAAAAAAUAAGUGUAGAUGGCUAGCUUUGUGUUGAGUUACAGGAUGUGCUUAAUGUAUCUGAAGUGAAAUAAAAUACUGUUGCAAACAUCA